AUUUUUAACCCUAAAAAAUACAGCACCGAGGCUUUAGUACAGUCAAAGUGACGCCGCGACAACCCAGAACAAAAUCGAAAAUUAAAAACCGGAGGAGAUUGUUGUUCCUGGUGUCCAAAGAAAAGGAGAGCGAGUUGUGCUGUGCGUGUGGCUGCCCCCCCCAGAUAAAAUAAGCAAUUAGUGGAGUGUGCAGUGCAAAAGUUCAGCUUGUCGUAAUCGCCGAUUAAUUGAAAAGAAGCGGCUUGCAGUUGCGCGUGUUGCGCCCGCUAAAACCGAAGAACACCAUCACUACGGCGUGCUCAUCCGGAUCCGAAAGCGAAACGCCAACGCCACACGAUGAACAAUCAACUGAACCCGGCCACCUAUCGCAAGUUCAACAAUCUGCUCAGUAGCGGAGCGGUCACUGUGACCGGUCCCAGCCAGCCGCGAAUCCUCAAGACGACGCGUUUGGUGGUUCCCGGAGGCGGCGGCGGAGGAGGUGGUGCCGUCGGAUUGGCCACUGGAGGUGGCUCAUCGGGCGGCGGAGUCGCGCAGCAGCAGGCGGUCAGCGAUGCGGAGGCGGGAGGCCUGGGCGUCGGUGGCCUGGCCACGCGAUGCUACAUCUGCGACGACCGCUGCGAGCCGCAGACCUCGCUCACCGAUAUGUGCACCACCCAUACGGCCACCAAGUUCCCCAACAAACUGGCUCAGCUCGUGGGCGAGGGAUUCCUCGUGAUUGUAUGCGGCGAGGAUUACGUGUGCUCGCGCUGCACCAAUCUGGUUAACUACUACGACCGCCUGGAGAACGAUGUGGAGCGCGUGAAGACGAACCUCAUCAGUCUGCUGAACAAGAAGUACGCCAUUAACGAGGAUGUGGGCCUGGAGGGCAGUCCGCCGCUCAAGAUGCAGAAAAUGGGCACGGGUGCCGCCAAUCGUUCGCUGGAGGAGAGUCCCACUGGGGACGUAUUGCGACCACGCAAGGUUUUGCAGGGAAAUCCAGUAGGUACGCCCAAGAUCGCCGCAGGAACACCCCAGAGCAGCGUCCAGGGCACACAGACGGUCCAGCGCAAGGCCACCAAGAUCUACAAGUGCACCUCGUGCGAUUACAAGACCUCGGACAUGCGGCUCUUCAACACGCAUUAUGAGACCUGCAAGCAGCAGACCUUCCAGUGCAAGACCUGCCGCAAGAUCUUCCCGCACUUCGGGGCCAUGAAGCAGCAUAUGGUGCGCGACCACAACACUGCCAUGGACAACACUUGUGCCAUGUGCCACAUCAACUUUGUGAACGAGAACAGCCUGCGCAAGCACAUGGAGACCAACCACGCCACCAAUGUGCUGGUGACCAGCACCACAACCAUACCGGCUGCUGCUGCCCCGGUGGCUGCCGCUGCGGCCGCCGCUGCUGCCGCCGCCUCUGAGAAUCUGAACGUGGUCGGAGCUUCGCUGUACACAUGCAACCAUUGUCAGUUCAAGUCCACGGACAAGGGCGUCUUCGAUGAGCAUAUGCGGAAGCACGCCGCCGGCAAGCCCAAGCCUUUUAAGUGCCGUCUGUGCUCACAGCGCUUUGAGACGCGCGAAGCGGCCACCGUGCACGCCAAGCAGCAUCAGACCAACUUCUUCAAGUGCGGCACUUGCUCGAUGACCUUCCCCAAGCGGGAGCUGCUCGUCAAGCACUUCGAGGUGCAUCAGAAUCCGACCGCAGCUGCGGUCUCGCCCAAACAGCCGGUCAGCCAGAACUUGAAUACCCAGAAACUGCUCCAGGAGACCAUUGACGAGGCACUGAGCGACACUGUGCCUGCUUCGGCAUCCGCAGCCGCCGCUGUGGUGGCCACCAGCGAGGCGGAGAACAACAUCCGCUUCUUCUCGUGCAGCAUUUGCUCCCUGACCUUCAUCCAGGAACAAUACUAUACCCAUCAUAUGGAGACCCAUAGACGCGACAAGAAGGGAGCUUCGACCGGCGCCACUGCUCUCAAUUCGGCAGCCACGGCUUUGCUGAGCGAUGAACCCGGUGAGGCAGCCGGAAAAGGUGGAGACGAGGGCGGUGAGCAGAACGCCGAGGCCGACAUUGAGAGUCUGUUCGAGAAGCUGCACUCCGACAAGAACGAGAGCGGCGAGGCGCCCAAGGCAGGCACCAAAGCCGGUGGAAUGGUCAUCACCUCGCAGGAGGGCAGCGGCGGAAUCACUUUUAAUAUAACUAUUCCGCAACCGGACGGUGACCAGUCGCAAAAGGAUUCUCCCAACGCCACAGCUUCUGUCCCCAUUGACAUGCCCAAUCUGGAUCAAGCCGAAGACGAAUCCCAGUCGCAGGGCAGCGUUGACGCCAAGGUUGAAAGCGGCGAGGCCUCCACUGCCGAGAGCAAGUCCAAUGCCGCUCCCGUUUCCAUGCCCAGUUUAGAUGAUGACAAUGAGGCCGCAGCUGCCGAGGCUGAGGUCACAGAGGAAACCAAGGCGACCAGCAAAGCGGGUCUAGAGAAAUCCAAGACCAAGGCCGGGGAGAGCACCAAGCCCAAGGAGGCCGCUGCAGAGGAACCACAGCCCUCGGACGAAGGGGAGAAGCGUGAAGCCACGGACACGCCCACAACCGAAUCGGAGGCUGCAGCUGCGGCCGCAGAAGGAGCCGAAUCUGGCGAAGGCGAAGUGACCGCCGGGACCGGAACUGAGGGCGAGUCUGGCGAAGCUGCCGCCGGCGAGCAUGUGGCCAUGGAACUGGACGAGGCCAUGCAGGCGCAGGUUGAUGGGGGCCAAAUAAAGUUCAUCGUCAACGAGAACGGCCAUCUCCUUCAGCUGGACAAUCACAUCCUGACCGACGCCGAAGGCAACCAGAUAAUUGUACAGGAUCCCGAGCAGAUCCAGCAGCUGCUGCAAAGCGUGGGAGUCCUGCAGUCCGAAGGAAUGGAGGGCGAAACCCUUCAGAUGAUGACCGACGGCAGUGGCCAGAUGGUCCUUGUCCAUGGCGACAACAAUGAGCAGCAGCUGAUCGAUGCCUCGCUCCUCAAUUCGGAGGGUCAGUUGAUCAUCCAGCAGGGCCAGGAUGGCGAGGAAGGCGCUCAUGUCAUCAGCGAGGAUGGUACCCGCAUCCCAGUGUCCGUAUCGUACACGGAAGAUGGCCAACCCAUCGUCCAGGUUCAGCAGCAGGUCUUGGAGGCCGCCCAGCAGGCGGCAGCCAGCGCUGCCGGCAGUGCCGACGACAAGGAGGCGGCUGCCGCCUCGGCCGGCGAGGAGGUUCAGGUGUCGGAGGCAUCCAGCGCCACGGCAUCCACCACCGCGGUGGCCACCAGCACGGCCAGCAGCAGCGGCGGAGCCUCCGGCGGCAGUUUCUUCGCUCUGGAGGAGUUUACGGAGACGAAGGCCGACUAGGAUUGGCCCUAGGGGCGGGGCCGUGACCACUACACCAUACUGGCAUGCGAAGAGGACUGGUUUUAGCUGUGGGCGCGCUCAAAGGUCUCUGGAGGACUUUUGCACACCCACCAACUGCAACCAACAUCCGGACACACACACAUCCAAAACCGGAGCCCACAUUUACAGACAACUGAACACGAAGACAGAGGAACACACAAACCUAUUCAAUAUAUAUUUACAUUUAGCAUAUGUAUUAAACACUCCAGUAAACUAAACAAACGAUUUAUUAUUCACGAACCAGAAGAAGAUAAACGUAAUUCAAUCAAUCAAAUUGUUCAUUCGGUCCGUUUCGCUCUCGGCUGCCAGGGAUCUCAAACCAGAUCGCUCUGGCUGCCUCUAUAAAAUCGUGUCUAGGUUUAGCAAUAGUUUAGGCAAAAAUGCAAGAUGAAAGCGAAAAAUUGUAUAAGCAUAGAGUUUAUUUGAGAUACUUGGAAUAUGUUUAAAAUAUGUAUUUACACGCCAACACAAUACAAAAACAAUUACACUAAAUAAAAUCGAUUAAAACACAAA